AUGACGUCCGGCGCCCUGACGUCCGACACGUUCAAGGGCGCCGUAACUUACCGUCAUUUCCGGCGUCCUCUGUCUUCCCGCCAUUUGGACCAGAAGAGACUGCUGGCUCCUGGAUCUCACCGCCACACCGCCAUCUUGUCCCUCAACGAUGUCGCCAUUAUCCGACCUCCGGCUCUUCCCCGAACUGGUGAAGUCCUGGCA